UGAGCUAGCCGGCCAGCUAGUAGCCCUCAUCGGCUCCCGUCAGUAAAAACAAGCCACCCAUCCGUUUCUCUCCAAAUAUCCACCAUGGAUUUAAACAACAUGCUGUCGCAGCUUGACGCCGCCAACGAAGAGGACGUCGAGCAGCUCCUGCAGCAGUUUAAUCGAGAGAACAGUCACACCUUUGCUUUUGAGCCAAAGGAGGAAACCCUGCGGAGUAAGCUGUGUCAGAGUGUGCUGACCGUACUGGGGAGGCAGGUGCAACCCAGCUGUCAGAAGACGUGUCUGGAGACACUCCGCAUCCUGUCCAGAGACAAGCGCGUCCUCGCACCCGUAGCCACCAGGGAGGGCAUGCUGAUCCUGGGAGGGAUGGCGAGGCUGCGUGCCGGAGAGGAAGGGGUUGACAACGAGAAAAGCUCGGAGGAAGACGCCCUGUCGGAGGAGGAGGAGAGGGUGGUGGUGGAAGCCUUGAAGUGCCUGUGCAAUGUGGUGUACAACAGUCCGGCAGCUCAGCAGGUUAGUGUAGACGUGCAGCUGGCUCACGGCCUGUGUGCCAGCCUGCGUAAGGCCCGCACGUGGCACCACGAGGUGGGCCUGUUCACACUGCGCCUUCUCUUCCUGCUGUCUGCCCUGAGGCCCGACGUGAGAGGCGUUCUGAGGAGAGAUUGGCAUGCUGCGAGGCUGCUGUCGGAGGUUCUGGAGCACACCUUGGAUGUGCGCUGGGUCGGUCCCUAUGAAGCUGCCCGUCCGGAUCCACAGGCCCUGACCUUGCCUGCGGAGGACAAUGAGCGAGCAAUGGAAGCACUGAAAGCCUUGUUCAACCUCACGCUGUCUUACGCUGGUGGUAAGGAGGACGACCAUCAGUUCCGACUCAUCGCUGCCACCCUGCGUCAUCUGUUGAUGCUGAAGACGGAGACGGAGGAGAAAACAGAGGAAGCACACAGCCAUGCCGUCAACCUGCUGAAUAACCUGCCUGUGUCCUGCCUGGACGUGCUAAUCGACGUGCCUGUUCAGGGAGGAGAGGAACAAUAUGGUGGGAAAAACAUGGAUGCAGUGCAGAUGUUACUAGACUUCAUGGAGAAAAGGAUCGACAAGCAGGGCUCCAACUACAAAGAAGGUUUGACUCCGGUGCUCAGCCUUUUGACUGAAGGAUCCAGACAACACAGGGAGAUCCGCAGAUAUAUCAAAGCUCAGGUACUUCCCCCACUGAAAGAUGUGAAGAUCAGGCCAGAGAUCGGCACCACCGUCAGAAAUAAGUUGGUUCGCCUUAUGACACACGUUGACAUGGGUGUGAAGCAGACGGCGGCAGAGUUUCUCUUUGUCCUCUGCAAAGAAAGCGUGGACAACCUUUUGAAGUACACAGGAUAUGGAAAUGCAGCAGGACUCCUGGUGGCUCGAGGACUUCUCGCGGGAGGGAGAGGAGAGACUCAGUACUCCGAAGAUGAAGACUCAGACACAGAGGAAUACAAAUCUGCCAAACCCUUCAUCAACCCGAUCACCGGUCACGUGGAGGAGCCGAUGCCGAACCCAAUCGAAGAGAUGACAGAUGAGCAGAAGGAGUACGAAGCCCAGAAACUUGUGAAUAUGUUUGACAAGUUGUCAAGGCAGAACGUAAUCCGGCCAAUGGGGGUCAGGCCUGACGGGACGUUAGCACCUCUUGAGGAGACGCUCUGUGAUCCACCUGAGGACAACUCAGAAUCAGACUCUGACUAGUGCACUGCACAUCUAGGCCCACGUGUUCCAGGCUGAGCUGACCGGGGCCCCAACACGUCUAAAGCUGUGUCCCAUUUCAACGGCUGGAUGGAGGACGACGCCCACAAAGGUGGGUCCUCCAGAGGAGCGAGGCUGAACCUGUGUCUCUGCCCCUAAAAUAAGAGUUUACUGUCACAGAAAGAGUAUAGAGUAGAAGUCAGUCAGAAGAUCCACACACUGCACUGAUAUCUCCCAAUGAAUCACUCUGUUAACUUAAAUGGAUUGGCAGAUAUCAGAAACAUUUGUGGAUCUAUUGUCGAGACUACUCAAACCCAAACUAAUGGUGGAAUUUAGGCUCAGUUUUUCAACUUGUAUCACCAGGAAAUCGCACAAAAUUGGUCGACAAAGUUUAAAGAGUGUAGACCAAGUAGGUAAACUGCAGUGGCUGCAAAAACCACAAAAGGCCCUCUAGAGCCAGUGUUUGGUUGUCCGUUCUGCCUACCUGUAGAAACAUGCG